GUCAGGGAAACUCUGAGGAGAUACAAAUGAACCACAACAGUAUUUGGCUUUACCUCUAAGUAACAUAUUGCUCAAUUAUAUAUUUCUCUAGCCAGUGCUUUGGUCAAAUCAUGGUACUGAAUGUUAGCUUCUGCUUUGGGCUUCUCUUGCUUUGCUUUCAACUGUGCGAGGUGCAUGAAAGUAAUUUUACCGCUGAUCCACAAGGUGCCCUUGAGACUGAGUGUCGUGAUCGAUAUUUCUGGGUGUCUGUUGAUGUGGGUUUUGCAGGCCGUGUCCCAAGAUUUGAGGCUGUAGUUGAAAAUGGAGUGCAUACGAUUAGUGAGGAUCAUGCAUCCAUGUGUGGCUACACGCUGAACAACUUAAACGGUCGGGCGUCUCUGAGGGCUUCAUAUUUCUCCUGCCACACCGAAAACCAGAAUGACAACAACUUCAUUUUUAAGCUGAAUGUUGUUUUGACUGACCAUAUGGGGAAAGAGAAUAAAUUCUCUCUCUCAGAGACCUGCACGCUGUCAGUUGACUGGUCUGCCAAAGAGAUCCUCUGUGAAGAAAACUACAUAGAGGUAACGCUGGCGAGAGAUACACCCUGCUCAUCUGAUAACCGCACUACUAAAGAAGCCUGGCUGGCUGCUCUUGCUUUAGCCCAGCGAUCUGCCAUCUCUGAGUGGAAGAUAAUGUUUCUGAAUCAGGAACGCUUGGAUGCGAUGUCUAUCUCUGCUGCCAGGCGAAUGGGAUACAUGGUUGAUUCCACUCCAAACAGGGUGGUCUUUCGCUCUGCCUACAAUCAGCCACAUUCAACAAUCACAGAGAUUGACGGCAUUGCUGUAGAGGUGAUUCAUGCAACAGUGUUUUUCAGGUGUAAAUGGGCGGUAGUGAUGCUUGACACAUCUGCGGCAUGUACGAUAGCCCCUAGCUCAUUUGAUGGAGUGACUUUGCACUGGAGAACUCCUAAAGUCAUGACCCCACUGGUGCAGGACCCCUCUGGGUUUGUAAGCAAGAGCAUUAAGCUGGGUGUGGAUGCUCAGCUCUUGGACGAGGCCUCCAGGAAAGACAUGGGUUACGUACUGGGAGAAGAUGGCCAGGUGGUGCAUGUUUCAGUGCCAUUUGGUGCACCAGGAGGUUACAGAAAGAGUUUGGUGGAAAAUAAUGUCUAUAAAGAAAGUUACAUGGCUUUCCUGUGCUAUGAACACAUUUAUUCACAUGUGUUUAUGGAUGGUACUGAAAUGGAGACCAGAUAUCGCCAGCUACAAGUUAUGGAGACGCCACUAGUUUCUCGGAAUCUUUUCGCUAUAGAUGAAACUUUGCCUCAUGAAGAAGUGUUCACCGUGUAUCUUGGUAAUUUUGCUCUGGAUGUGCAGCUCAUUGCAAUCAAGCUGAAUGAGAACUAUCUGUCAGUAACAGAUGCCAUUCAAAACCAUUAUUUCAUUACAAAAAUUCCCCAAAUUAACGGGACCCACGGCAUCACCAUCAAGGUCCCUUUUAAAGAUAAAGCUGUCAAUCGUGUGUACUUGGGUGAAGGACUUCUGCAGUACUCUGUGGAGAUUAACUACAUCCUUAACAUCAUCGGACGAAACGACACAUUUUUCUACCAUGUCUCUGUUGUGGCACACGUUAAUGAUGCUUUUCCUCCAGCUGUCAGUGCUUUCUGUACAGCACAGAGCAUAAUAUUCAGGAUGGAUCAUUCGAGGCAUGCCGGACUUUGGGAAGUCUGUAUGGGGCAUCAGGCUCUCACAUCUGACUUAUCCAGACUGAGGGGCUACAUACUGACGAACGACAGUCACAGUAUGACUCUGGAGGUCCCACUCUUCACGUCGGGCUACAUUUAUGAGGCAAAGAAAAACAUCUGUGGUUCAAAUUAUAUACUGAUUUUCAUAAUGUCAUGAUGACAGUCUUGAUUCAGAUCUCCUUUUGUUUUUAACAUUAGAAUAAGUUAAAUGCAACUUGAUAACAUCUGGAAAUAAUUCUGGCUUAUAAAGGAACAAAAUCUCCUAAAUGCACUUAAAAUGGAAGUAUAUUAUGGAAGCUUGUUUCCACCACUGA